AGUCCUGGGUGAAAGUCUCAAAGGUAACAGUGCAACGACACUAUAUACUUUUUAAUUUGCCUCACAUGUAGACGCAUACUGUUUUUAUUCAUCGAACAUACUGGUAGACGCAUUUGUACACAUUAUGUGACCUUCUUUAAAAUUAAACAUUUAAAAAAAAAAAAUAUUUAUGACAGUAAUCUGUUAUAAUCAUUUGUAAAUAAAAUUUUAAUAAAUUUUUUAAAUUUUUUAUAUCAAUUGUUUGAUAUGAGAUUGAAGAUUUAAGUUUCAUGCAUUAAUGUGUGUGUUUUGAGCUAAAGAUUAUCAGAUAUUUUUCUCUCAAUUUGAUCUUUUAAAAUUGUGUUAUUGUUGUAACUUUGCGUUGGUGUCAUUUAUCACCAGUGAAAUGGAGCAAAAAGAUAGUCAAAUAACUGCUAGAAAAUAUUCAACAAAUGAAAGUGUUGUUGAAAAAAAAAUUAUUCAAGACAUUAAUGUUGGCUGGAAAUUUUGGAAAAAACGUCGUUAUGUUGUUGGAAUGUUGGCAUUUUUUGGAUUUUUUACAUCUUAUAUAUUACGAGUUAAUUUGAGUGUUGCUAUUGUUGCAAUGACAUCAACAUCAAAUGAGGCUGAUGAACCAGAAUUUAAAUGGGAUUCAAAACUUCAAGGUGUUAUUAUGAGUUCAUUUUUUUACGGUUAUAUUUGUACCCAAAUACUUGGUGGAUAUUUAAGUGCAAGAAUUGGUGGAAAAAAAGUAUUUGGUCUUGGUAUUGCAUCAACAGCAUUUUUAACAAUUUUUACACCACCAUUAACACGUUUAAGUGUUUAUCUUUUAAUUGCUAUGCGAAUUAUUGAAGGAAUAUUUGAGGGUGUUACGUAUCCUUGUAUCCAUUCCAUAUGGGCAAAUUGGGCGCCAGAUUUGGAAAGAUCAAAAUUAGCAACUUUGGCAUUUUCCGGGAGUUUUGUUGGUACUGUAUUUGCAAUGCCUGUAUCUGGAAUAAUGGCUGAAAAUUUAGGCUGGCCAUCAGUCUUCUAUGUGUUUGGAUUAAUAGGAUUAAUUUGGUUUGGUUUGUGGUGGUACUUUGUCACUGAUAGACCUGAAGAUGAUCCUUGGAUUACACAAGCUGAGCUUGAUUAUAUCAAACAAACUCGUUCUCAUAUCAGUCAAAAGACUAUUUCACAUCCAUGGAAAGCUAUGAUCAAAUCACCACCAGUUUGGGCCAUUGUUGCUGCACAUUUUAGUGAAAAUUGGGGAUUUUACACAAUGUUAACUCAGCUACCAACUUUUAUGAGUGAUGUAUUGAAUUUUCAAAUUAAAAAAACUGGUUUUCUAUCAGCUCUUCCAUAUCUUGUAAUGGCAAUUGUUCUCCAAUUUUCUGGUCAUUUUGCUGAUUAUCUUCGUUCAAAUAAUUAUCUUACAACUACUCAGGUCAGAAAAAUUUUUAAUUGCGGUGCAUUUUUGGCCCAAACAAUUUUCAUGAUAUCAACAGCAUUUGUUGAAUCAAGUGUAUCUGCUGUAACUUGCAUAACAAUUGCAGUUGGUCUCGGUGGAUUUGCAUGGUCUGGCUUUAGUGUCAAUCAUUUAGAUAUUGCACCACAACAUGCAAGUGUAUUAAUGGGAAUGGGUAAUACAAUUGCAACAAUCCCUGGUAUUGUCAGUCCCAUUUUAACUGGCUACAUUGUUAAAAAUAAGAGUCGCGAUGAAUGGAAAAUCAUAUUUAUAAUUGCAGGAUUAAUAUAUCUAAUUGGUGCAAUUAUUUAUGGAUGUUUUGCAUCUGGUGAACGACAAAAAUGGGCUGAUGAUUCAAAUAAAAAAGAAUUAGCUGCCUACAAAAAUGAAGCUAUAGAUGUUGAUUGUAAUUUGUAAAUAAAUUUAUAUACUGUUAUAUCAAAAUUGUUUGUUAAAGAAAAAAUAUAUAUAGAAAUAUUUAAAUUUAAAGAGAAAAAUUGCGCGAAGAUGACUCCAUAUUUAUCAUCACGUGACUUUAUAUUAAAGCGAUUGCGCAUUACAUACCACACAUAUUAUUAUUAUUUUUAUAAUUUAUUUAUUUUUUUUUCUUGACCAUCAAGUCUGACACUUAUCUUUUUAAUAUUAUUAUUGUUUUUAAUAUUUAUUAUUCAUAUAAACAAAAAGACUUAUACACUCAA